AUGCCCCCCUCUGCGCAUGCCCGGAGUCCCGGGUCCUCCGUGCUCAGGGCGAACGGCUUCGUGGCCGCCAAAGCCCAGCAGCCCGGGGCGCAGCAAAGACGCGGAAGGGUCGCCAAGCCGCAACCCAACGACCCGUGUCGAGCACGCCUAGCCUGUGAUGCUGGGAUGUUAACUGUGGAGUUUGUGUUGUCGGAAGAAAGCAGGAGAGCCGCUUCUCCCAGACCGGCAGGUUUCCCUGGGCGGUCCGCUCCCUCAGGGCCAGCGGGAGAGGGUGUGUGGAGAGCUGAGGACGGCCCUGCGCGGGCCUCGACGUCCCUGGCCGCAAGGACGCCAGGCGGCCGCUGCACCCGUGCGGCACCUCAGCAGCUGCUCUACGACAAACAUGGCCCAACAAAACUGCCACCAUCACAGGAUGAAUCUAAAGGACUUAAUUGCCUAUUUACCCAGCACCUGUCCCAGAAGACUGAGGCCCAGGCCAUGGUCAGCACCACUGAUGGGCAGCCUGAAAGAGCCUGGAGGAGCCCUGCAGGUGGACUUGAACUCGACAGACGGAGGAACAUCAUUGAACACAUCCCCUUUGUUAGCAGUCUGAGCUUCAUAGGCCCUGGGCUUAUGGCAUUACUUCACGGCGGACAUGGCAGAACGAGUUGGACAUGCCAUUUUAGACUGAGCUCUGAAUCUCCAGAUUGGAAACUGUGGUCUUGACCACAUGCCUGCAGACAACAUGGGCUCACAUCAAACCAUCACGUGG